GGUUUGCGAUUCGCCAUUGAACACACAGAAGGAGAAAAACAAUGGCGACCUCCACGACGGAAGACAGCGUGAGUGAAGCACAAACAGGAAAAAAGUCGAAAAAGACGAAAAACCAAGUGGAUGAAUCUGAACUCCUGACUGUUCCUGAUGGAUGGAAAGAGCCAGCUUUCACCAAGGAAGACAACCCCCGUGGUCUGCUGGAGGAGAGCAGCUUCGCCACCCUCUUCCCAAAAUACAGAGAAGCCUACCUGAAAGAGUGUUGGCCACUUGUGGAGAAGGCUUUAGGAGAAGCACAUGUCAAAGCCACUCUGGACUUGAUAGAGGGAAGCAUCACAGUUUCUACCACUAAGAAAACUUAUGACCCUUACGCCAUCGUGAGAGCCAGAGAUCUCAUCAAGCUGCUGGCCCGGAGUGUCCCAUUCGAACAGGCUGUACGGAUAUUACAGGAUGACAUGGCAUGUGACAUCAUCAAAAUUGGAACCCUGGUGAGGAACAGAGAGCGGUUUGUAAAACGAAGACAGCGGCUAAUUGGCCCCAAAGGCUCCACCCUAAAAGCAUUAGAGUUGCUGACCAACUGCUAUGUGAUGGUGCAGGGUAACACGGUGUCGGCCCUGGGGCCCUAUAAUGGCCUGAAGGAGGUACGCAAAGUGGUGAUGGACACGAUGAAGAACAUUCACCCCAUCUACAACAUCAAGACACUGAUGAUCAAACGGGAGCUGUCCAAAGACCCUGAGUUGCGGAUGCAGAACUGGGAGCGCUUCCUGCCCAAGUUCCGCCACAAGAACCUGGCCAAGCGCAGGGAGCCUAAGAAGAAGAGUGUGAAGAAGGAGUACACACCAUUCCCUCCAUCACAGCCAGAGAGCACGGUUGACAAGGAGCUGGCCACAGGAGAAUUCUUCCUGCGUGAAAGUGUGAAAAAGAGGAAGAAGAUGGAAGAGAUCAAGGUGAAACAAGCAGAAGCACAGACCAAGAAGCAGGAAGAGCGGAACAAAGCUUUCAUUCCUCCUAAAGAAAAGCCUUUAAUGAAGAAAACCACCAAAGCUCCCACAGAAGGCAAGCUGGACAUCGAAGCCAUUAAAGAGAAAGUGAAAAAAGCCAAAACCAAGAAGCUGGGGGCUCCACCAGUAAACCCAGCUCCGCCCACCAGCACCACCGACAAAAAGAAAAAGAGCAAAACAAAAAACAAAGGCUAAUCACAGAUUAACACCAUCACAGUUGUGAUGUGUACCAUGUAAUAUGGUAUUCGUCGGGCAGUUGGGCAGUUCGAGCAAGAUCAAGGACUUUGUAUGGACACUGGAAGAUGGGAUGUCGGACAUAUAGUGUGUGCUUGGAUCAAAAUGAAUUCCAUCACAAACUGUCCUGGAUGUUUUAUAGAACUACUUUUGCUGUGAGGAUUUCCUGUUGAUAAUACCGGAGUAUAAUUUUCUGUCUGUCACUCAAGGUAGAUGAACCUAUUGUCCAGAUUUUGUAUGGUCAGUAUUUAUAGGUUUCAGAAUAUGUAUGUACAGGAGGAGGAAGGCUCAAUCAAAUGGAAAUGUAAAAUUAAAGAAACAUUUUUACAACUUG